ACAGCAGUAUAUCACAUUCACACUUGUAUCCAGCAACAAACUCACCACUAUUACAUACAGUAAACUGCUAAGUUAGUGCUAACUAUACCCACAAAACUCACCAGGAUGAGAUUUAUACGCCUGGCUAUCAUAGCCAUCAUCCAGUGGACAGUCGUGGUGACUGCCGUCGACUUCAACGACGUGUUCAAACUGGUCUCGUCUACCGUCUGCACCGUCAUGUCUGCGCCCAAACUCGGCAAAUGUGCCGACACUUUCAUCCAUGAGCUCCGGGAGUCGGAAGUGGAGGCCCUCAAGGCGUACAACGCCCGAGGCUACUGUUGCGCCUUCAAUCAUCUCAAGACCUGUAUCGUAGACAACGUCGACAACUGCGGCGACCGUAAGGAUGAAGUGGUCGACCAAUUGGUCUCAUCAGUGGUCGAUACAGUCAAAGACAUAUCCGUCUCAUCCGACGAUUGCGAUACAUUCACGGGAUAUGUGGGCACUGUUUUGUGUCAGCAGGAUUGGCUGUUGAUUGUGGAGGCAAUCGGACUGCUGUUCAUAUGUCUGACGGCCUGUUGUCAAGUAAUCCGAUGCUGUUGUUGUGGAUCAAGUGGUGGCCGAAGGAGUUACUCGACGCAGAUGCUGGUCGUGCCCGAGCGACAGAUACCCGGCCAUAAGUACCCGUAAUCUCAAUGUUUGUUAUAUAAAUAGUAUUUUUU